UGACCCUUUUGAAGCCAAAAAGAGAGAGAGAGAGAGAGAGAGAGAGAGAGAGAGAGAGAAUGGGAAAGAGCAAAGUUCUUGUAGUGGGGGGUACAGGGUACAUUGGUAGGAGGAUUGUUAAGGCCAGUUUAGCCUUAGGACACACAACCUAUGUCCUUCAGAGGCCUGAGAUUGGCCUUGACAUGGAUAAGCUCCAGAUAUUGCUCUCCUUGAAAGAGCAAGGAGCUCGGCUUGUUGAAGCCUCGUUUUCCGAUCACCAGAGCCUUGUCGAUGCAGUGAAACUAGCCGACGUGGUCAUUUGCACCAUGUCCGGUGUGCACUUCCGGAGUCACAACAUCUUGGUGCAACUCAAGCUUGUUGAGGCCAUCAAGGAAGCUGGAAAUGUCAAGAGAUUCUUGCCAUCGGAGUUUGGAAUGGACCCAGCAAGAAUGGGAAAUGCACUUGAACCAGGAAAGGUUACAUUUGAUGAGAAGAUGAGAGUGAGGAAGGCCAUUGAAGAAGCUCAUAUACCCUUCACUUAUGUCUCUGCUAAUUGUUUCGCUGGCUAUUUUGGUGGCAACCUCUCUCAACUUGGUACCCUCCUUCCUCCAAAGGACAAAGUGGGAAUUUACGGUGAUGGUGACCAAAAAGUUAUAUUUCUUGAUGAAGAUGAUGUGGCAACAUACACAAUCAAGACCAUAGAUGACCCUCGUACAUUGAACAAAACAGUGUACCUGAGGCCACCUGAAAACAUCCUCACCCAAAUGCAGCUUGUUGAGAAGUGGGAAAAGCUUCUGGGUCGUACACUUGAGAAAUUUACCAUCUCUCCCAAAGACUUCCUUGCUUCCAUGAAAGAAAUGGACUUUGCUGGGCAAGUAGGAGUGGGGCAUUUCUACCAUGUAUUCUAUGAAGGAUGCUUAUCAAACUUUGAAAUAGGGGAAGAGGGUGAAGAAGCUUCUGAGCUCUAUCCUGAGGUUCAAUACAAUCGCAUGGGGGCCUACCUUAAACGUUAUCUAUGAACAGACAAAUAUAUAUAUAUAUAUAUAUCUAGCUUCAUGCAAAAUUACAUAUGUAUAAUUUUGAUAAUGAUGUAUUAAUAAAAGCUUUCGAGAGAAAUUAUGGAGUUUAUUGAUUUGAAGGGGGAAUUUUUUUUUCAUUUUGAUGUA